CUCUCUUACCUGCACGGCCACGCCCUGGUGCACCGCGACCUGAAGCUGGACAACGUCCUGGCCUUCGACCGCCACUGCCACCUGGUCAAGCUGGGCGACUUCGGCCUGACGCGGGUGACGGGCUGGCAGGUGAGCCCCGCCCCCGGCCCCGCCCCCUACGCCCCGCCCGAGCUGCGGGCUCACCUGCGGCCAGGUGAGGCGGGGCUGCGGCUGGAGCCCGCCGUGGACACCUGGGCUUUCGGGGUGCUCCUGUUCGCCCUCCUGACCGGAACCUUCCCCUGGGCCUCACCUGAGCCCUCCGACCCCGCCUUCCGCCGCUUCCGGGCGUGGCACGGCCGCACCUGCAGCACAGGUGAGCUGAGGGCGGGGCUGCCGCGCACCUGGCGCGGGCUGGGCGGGGCCGCGCUGGAGAUGCUCAGGGGGUUGAUGCACCCGGAGCCGGCGCGGAGGAGCCCACCUGGGGAGGUGAACAGGUACCUGCGGAGGAGAUGGGCGGGGCGGGGCGGGGCGAGGGGGAGGCCGGCAGGUGAGGGUGGACAGGUGAGAUCGGCAGGUGAGGGGGGACAGGUGAACUCUGAGGAUGGACAGGUGAGCUCUGCAGGUGAAAAUGGGAGUGCACAGGUGAGCACUGGGAGUGGACAGGUGAGCUCAGCAGGUGAGAAUUGGAGUGGACAGGUGAGAUCGGCAGGUGAGAGGGGGAGUGGACAGGUGAGCUCUGAGAGUGGACAGGUGAGCCCUGAGAGUGGACAGGUGAGCUAUGAGAGUGGACAGGUGAGCUCUGCAGGUGAGAGUGGACAGGUGAGCCCUGAGAGUGACCAGGUGAACUCUGAGAGUGGACAGGUGAGAAUGGGAGUGACCAGGGAGCCCAACAGGUGA